UGCGUCUGCCUUGCGCGAAUCGUCUUGUGGCCUUCGAUCUGUGAAAAUAUUAACAUGUCAAAACAAGAGAUCAUGAUGCUUGAGGCGCUGCGGGAUAUCGAAAUUGCGGCGAAGCUCGUCUCCGAGGAGGGUGAUGAAGGCGAAGAUGCCCUGGACACAAAUUACAAGAAACUCAAGUGCCCGAUUGUCCCAUUGCCGCAAGAUGGUCCGGAGUUCAAUCUCAUCAAGAAGUACCUGAAGAACACUCAUGCACCAACCCACAAGAGUGGGAACGCAAAGAUAGAAUCAUUGGCCGCGACAUUUUCCAUCGCCGGCUUCCGUUCUUUCAUCACUUGCCGUUUGCCGCUCGCCGUUCUCAUGCCGUUUCAUUCUGUGUGGACUGGACAUUUGUUGAUGCAGGCGUGGGAUCUUGAGCUGUUGGAUGUCUUUAGAGUGGACAGAGAGCCUCAGGCGAAGGCGACAAGUACGCGCCAUUUGGAGAUCAGCUUCAUAACAAGAUGCCUCUGUGGCACGGUUCUCGGACAACAAAUUAUGUGGGUAUUCUGAGUCAAGGCCUGAGGAUUGCUCCCCCGGAGGCCCCAGUGACUGGGUACAUGGUGCGGUGACAAUAACAAUGAACAUUGACCAGUGGC